AUGCAUACAUUUAUCGGUGCUCUGGUCUCUGCCUUUUCUCUCCUUCCUCUUGCACUCGCUGCCCUUGGGCCGGAGGCAACGCUUAACAUCGUCAACAAAGCUAUCAGUCCAGAUGGCUUUAAGAGAUCUGCUGUUCUUGUUCAAGGAUCCCACCCUGCUCCGCUAAUUAAGGCCACCAAGGGCGAUCAAUUCCGCCUCAAUGUUGUCAACAAACUCAAUGACGAUACGAUGCUCAGAAGUACCAGCAUCCAUUGGCAUGGACUAUUCCAACGCGGAACAACCUGGGCUGAUGGCCCCGUUGGCGUCAACCAGUGCCCUAUUGCGCCGGAUCGCUCGUUCCUGUACACGUUCUCCGCUGGUGAUCAGACCGGUACCUUUUGGUAUCACUCCCACUUCGGGACGCAGUACUGCGAUGGUCUCCGAGGUCCGUUGGUGGUAUAUGACCCCCGCGAUCCUCACAGAAAUCGGUAUGACGUUGACGACGAGUCCACGAUCAUCACCCUCAGUGACUGGUACCAUCUUCCGUCACCUUCAGUCCCAGUCCCAGCCAUGUCCGAUUCUACCCUGAUCAACGGGAAAGGGCGAUACGUUAACGGACCCAAAGUAGACCUUGCCGUGGUAAACGUUCGGCGCGGACGCCGUUACAGGUUCCGACUGGUAUCUCUGUCUUGCGACCCGAACUACAUGUUCUCAAUCGACGGUCAUAAGUUAACCAUAAUCGAGGCGGAUGCUCAAAGUACACAGCCCCUCACAGUUGACAAGAUCCAGAUCUUUGCUGGUCAACGCUAUUCAUUCAUACUUGAAGCGAACCAGAAAGUCGACAAUUACUGGAUUCGCGCCCUUCCCAACAUCGGUGCUCCCGGGCUCACCUCUGGUUUCGCCGGUGGUAUCAAUUCAGCUAUUUUGAGAUACAACGGCGCUCUGAAGGCUGAUCCGACUUCGGCGCAACCAGCUAACCCCAAGCUCCUCGAGGAGGCCAACCUACACCCGCUCACGAAUCCCCGCGCUCCUGGAAAGCCUUUCCCAGGCGGCGCGGACGAGAAGUACAACUUCGUGCUUGGGUUCAAUAAUGGGGAUUUCACGAUGAACGGGGUGUCAUUCAGUGACCCUCCCGUUCCUGUCCUCCUCCAGGUCUUGAGUGGCGUGCAAAACGCUCAGGACUUGCUUCCAAGUGGUUCUGUUUAUCCGUUAAGGCCGAAUAAGGUGGUCGAGAUUAGCAUCCCAGGUGGCUUACUUGGUGGACCGCACCCUUUCCACCUGCACGGCCAUGCAUUCAGCGUCGUCAGGAGCGCUGGCGCUAACGCCACAUACAAUUAUGAUAAUCCCGUCCGUCGUGACGUUGUGAGUAUGGGCGACCAGGGCAGUAAUGUCACCAUUCGUUUCGUCACCGACAACCCGGGGCCAUGGUUCCUCCAUUGCCACAUCGAGUUCCAUUUGGCCGCGGGUCUCGCCGUCGUCUUUGCCGAAGACGCUGAGGCCAUCGAGUUCAAGAAUCCCACACCAGCGGCUUGGGAUCAACUGUGCCCCAUCUACGAACGCCUGCCAGCGUCUGCAACUUCCAUUCGCAUCGUCCCUACUUCAACUCCGAAUGCGACACUUCCGGCUCCCUAG